AUGGCAAACGAAGCAUUGUGGAAAGAUCUCUUGAAUUGGCAGACGGAUAUCCACAAGAAAGAUGAGGCGCUGCUUAGAAGAAAGCCUGUUCAUGACCAAGCCUUGCCUCCUGUGAGAAAGUCAACUGAAAUUCUUGUCGACAAUGUAAAGCCUGCAGGUAUCGAUAAGUUAUCCAACACCAGCAAGACAUCCACAACACCUCAAUCAAGAGCUGGAAAAGCAGAGGCCGAGAAAGCCAAGGGCAAUGAGUACUUUGGUAAAAAAGAUUACAAGAACGCUAUUCUACAUUAUGGAAAAGCCAUUGAUUUGGAUCCCACUGUGCCUGUUUACUUUGUCAAUCGUGCCAUGGCCUAUCUCAAAACAAACAGCUUCCUGGAGGCAGAGAAGGAUUGUUCAAGGGGCCUUCAGUUGCAACCCAAGAAUGUAAAGGCGCUGUGGAGACGUGGUAUUGCAUUACGUGAAUUGGGGAGAAUGAAUGAAGCUAGAAAAGACUUUGAAACUGGUUUGACGAUUGAACCCAGUAAUAAAUCACUUUUGGAUGAGUUGAACAAAUUGCCUGCUGUCAAACCUGUGGAGAAGCUCAAAUCAAGAAAGCCUGAGCCUGUGGAACAAAAGCGUAGAUUACCCAUUAAUGUGAUAGAUGGAGCAUAUACAAAAUCAAAGAUGGUCGAGCAGCCCACAUCGCUAAAGAAAGAACCCGCAUCUCCCACAUCCACACCCAACGUCAAAAAAGCUGACCCUUCCAAUAAGCCGACAUUAACGCCUGAACCUGUUCAAAAAGUAGACGCGCCAGCAAAGAAGGCCGUGACUCCACCCGUUCAAACCACCACCAGCACAAAACCACCAUCAGUGCCAUUGAAAUUUACUUGUCCUCGCACUAAUUUUGAAUUUGAGAGAGAUUGGAAGACGUACAAGGGCAGAGGAGACGAUGUUUUAUACCAAUACUUUCAAGUCAUCCCACCCAGGGACUAUCCAGCCAUCUUCAAGUCUUCGCUUGAGUCUGACCAAUUUGAAAAAAUGCUUGAUUUUGUGGACGCACGAUAUACAAAAGAAAAGACACCUACAGAUGUCUAUAAUGUGCUUUGGGGACUUUCACGAGUGCCAAGAAUUGAUAUGUUGAUCAUGUUUUUAGACAAGAAACAUCAACAAGUGAUUCAACGAUUGUUUGACUUGCUGAAAUCCUGGCCAGAUGAAAUUCCUCAAGAAGUGUUGGCAAAAUUGUUUAAAAUAUACGGCAUACAACAUUGA